UCAGCUUUGAAGCGCUGAACUAAAACAAUCAACCUCGCUCACUUGUGCUCUCGGACUUGACCGCGCAGCCAUUAGAAUUUUACAGUUUAAGUAUACAUUUGUAAAGGCAGUCGGCCUUCAUAGCAUAUUUUCCUGUUUUAUUCGUUUGACCAACCCACUAUCCAUUGUGUAGCCCGCGUUACAGCUUGUGCCUGUUAUCUCUCGCGCAACCUCUCCCUAAAAGCAUGUCUUCGAAGCCCAGCGACGAACUAGGUUCGGAAGGGAAAUGGUUUGGGGACGAUUAUGAAAGAAAUGGCCUGUUUGGAAGCACCCCACCCCGGUUUGAUGAGCUACGUGAAGAUUUUAAACCGAAAACCAGGGAGGAGACGAGCGACCUGGAUCAAUUUCAUCAAUUUGAGGACGAUGGGAAAAGGCCUCCCGUUGCUAUGGAAACUACAUCUACAGGUGACGCCUUGUCUGACCUUUUCCGGAAGCCCAUGAGUGAUGAUGGUGACCUGUACACCUCGCUCCUGUCCAAUCAGAGCCAUCCCUCAGGCCAGGAUGCAUCUUACCUGUCUGAUGAUCUGAAGCUCUCCUCUGGCCCCUCCUCCCAGGACACCUUCGACUCCUACAGCAUCUUUGGUUCCUCCAACACCAAGACGAUCACUGACCUGGUUGAUGAGAUGCCCAAGUCCCUGCUGGAGGGCUCCGAGUCGAAGACCGAGGCCUACAACUACAUGGAUAUCAGCCAUGGUGAUGAUGUCCACAACCAGCACCAGAGCCAGGGGCCCCUGCAUAACCUAGUAAACACUGGGCUGUCUAGCUUGGACUCCCUGGGAGGCUACAUGGAUAAGAGCCCUGCAGAACUUGAGGAGGAGGAAGAGGAAGAGAACCUGGGCCCGGCGCUUGACUCGCACUCCUUCCCUUACGUAGAGGAGCCUUCUGAGGAUGAGGAGCUGUCUGACUACCGCUCCUACCGUAACCUGGGCACCCCUCAGACCGCUAGCCCUGUGAAGAUCACCCUGACCGAGUCCCACCCCCCUGCUUCUGCCAAACCCACCCCCCCGCAGGCCAAUGUGUCUGACAACAUCCUCAGCCUGGGGCUGCAGGGCGUUCCCAUGGUUACACUCUCUGAGCCAGAGGACGACAGCCCCAACUCCUCCCCCAAUGCAUCCCCAACAGAGAAAGAAUCUCCGUCCCAAGAACUGUUCAAGGCUGUCCCCAGCAGCAAGCCAACCCCAGGCUCCACCAAGACCAGGGAGCAGGAUGGCAGUAGUGCAGAGUCGGGGGACUCUGAGAUAGAGCUGGUCUCUGAGGAUCCUCCCCUGCAGAGCCUCCCCAGCACCAAGUCCAGUAACAACCCCAACAACCCCUUUGAGCAGCCUCCCAGCAGCAAGGGAGGUUUCAGCCAGACUGGCAACCCCUUCGACAAUCCCCCCAGCGCUAAGGGGCCCAUAUCCUACAGCAUCCUGAGGGAGGAGAGGGAGGCUGAACUGGACAGUGAGCUCUUCAUCGAGUCUGCCAAUGAGGAGAGCCCCAAGAGAGAGGGGUCCGGCCCCAAACAGGGGGUCAACACCCCUUCACCUCUGAUCCCCACCGCUGCUCCCCCCGCCCGCCCUGCCCCAGAGGUGGUUCCAGCCGAGCCUGUCACGAGCUCCAUGAUGAAAUCAUCCAAUGACAAGAGCAAGAGCCCCAUGAAGAUGGAAGAAGAUUUCCCCACCAAGCCCAAGCCCCCCACGGCUGCCGUGCCCCCGGAGGUGAGGUCUGAGAGGCCCCUCCUGGAUGACAAGCACAUCACUGAGGGGAAGGGAGACCUGACCAAACCUGCUACGCCAGUCUUUAUGGAGGGCUUUGACAAACAGAAAGCCAUGGACCUGCUCUCCUGGAGGAACGUGAAGCAGUCUGGAGCUCUGUUUGGCAGCGUGCUCCUGCUGCUCUUCUCUCUGACCCAGUUCAGUGUGGUCAGUGUGGGAGCCUACUUAGCCCUGGCUGCCCUCUCUGCCACCAUCAGCUUCAGGAUCUACAAGUCUGUGCUUCAGGCCGUGCAGAAGACCGAUGAAGGGCACCCAUUCAAAUCUUAUCUGGAGGUGGAGAUCUCUCUGUCCCAGGAUCAGAUCGGUAAAUAUGCUGACAAGGCUCUGCUCUACGCCAACACCUGUAUGAAGGAGCUCCGUAGGCUGUUCCUGGUCCAGGACCUCAUCGACUCACUGAAGUUUGCUGUCCUGAUGUGGCUGCUGACCUAUGUGGGCGCUCUCUUCAAUGGCCUGACUCUGCUUAUUCUGGCCGUGGUGUCCAUGUUCAGCAUGCCCAUUGUCUAUGAGAAAAACCAGGAUCCAGGCGAAGAUCCCUGGGGCCAAGCGAAAGGAAGAGUAGACCUGCGUCUUGCUAACAGUGGAGUCCAGCUCAGACUCAGUGGCAGACAGCUUGAUCAUUGUUGGAUAGCCUUGUCAUUAUCUGGGGGUAGUACUAUGUCAUCUAGAAGGUGUUCUCUAAAACCAACCACUGGAGAAGCCUUGACCCCAAAACUGUCUAGAAUGGUUAACACACACACAGUCAAUCACCCAUGUUCAAGAUAAGUCUAGGUAGACAAGUACACAAUUUGGAAGAAAAUGUAUUUUUGUGUUGCUUGUUAUUAAGCGCAUGAAGUCAAGCCUUGAGUAAAUAUUAUUUUGUAUCUUUCGUGCAGUUUUCACACUAGUUUUUAUUUUCCUUCAGUGCUUACAACAAACUAAGGUUUGGCACAAAAAAAGCGAUAUGCCUACAGAAAUGCUCUGCUGCCAAUGUUAAAUACUGCUUCAUGUUUCUGAGUUAGCUGGUGGGGCUUCUCUCAGUAUAUAUAUAUAUAGUCAAUAAAUAUCAAUGAUUUCCUUUGUUUUCAAGCACGAAAUCAUUUGAUGUGGUAAUUGUAGUUUUUUUUUGCAUAACUACACACAAUAUCAUGUUUUAGGUACUGUUGGUCAACUACUAUGAAGACAAGGAGUAUCUGAUGAUAUUUAGCUUGUUUGAAUUAACUGUCCAACUUUGUACUAUGUUCACCUAUACUCAAUGUAGUUCUUAGACCCUGGUCUAACUAUUUGCACUUACAGUAUGUAUUUAAUUACAGAAGACAAAUAAAUGUUCCUUGAUGUAUAAUGUUA